GACCGCAAUUCGUUGCCCCAAAGCGGCCAUAUUGGUUACUUUUGAGAGAUUUGUAGGAGAUUUUGUGCUAAAUAUUCACUGUUUAUGACCUUAGACCACUUCUUUCUUCUCGCUGUAGGAAUCCUAGACGUAGCUUAGAUGAAGCUACAUCUGUAGACUUUACAAUAUCUGUGAUUUACCAAUCGGGACCGUUGCAAUGGCCACAGACUCGAAGAAGAAAAAAUUCAAGGCUGUCCCUCAAAAGGUGAAACUGUUUCGGCCGAAUGACCACAUGUCUGUUGGCAUCAGUGUGUUUAUGUGGGGAGUAAAUCAUUCGAUUCAAGAGUUGAGUCAUGUGAACUUGCCAGUGAUGUUGAUGCCAGAUGACUUCAAAGCUUACAGCAAAACAAGAGUUGAUAAUCAUUUGUUCAAUAAAGAGAACAUGCCGAGUCACUUCAAAGUCAAGGAAUACUGUCCAGUUGUGUUUCGGAAUCUGAGAGAGCGAUUUGGUAUCGAUGACAUUGACUACAGUAAUUCCCUGACCAAGAAGCCGCCACAGCCCCUGGAUUCACCGGGUCGGAGCGGCUCAAAGUUUUUCCUCUCGUACGACAAACAAUACUUAAUCAAGACGUUGGUCAGUGAGGAGGUGGAGCAGAUGCAUCAUAUAUUGAAGGAGUAUCACUGUUAUGUGGUGGAGCGUCACGCGGUCACCCUUCUACCACAUUACCUGGGCAUGUACCGGUACACCGUCAACGACCAGGAACACUACAUGCUCGUCAUGAGGAACGUGUUCAGUCCACGCUUAAUGAUUCAUAAAAAAUAUGACCUCAAGGGUGUAGGAAACGGCGUCAAAAAUCAGAGCGAUAGAGAAAAACCUAAAAAACGGUUAUCGUGGGGGUCAACCGUAGAUAGACAAGCCAGCGAUAAGGAAAAGGCAAAGGAACUGCCAACCUUCAAGGACAAUGACUUCGUGAAAGACGGAGAGACCAUUCAUAUAGGAGACCAAGCUAAGGAAGCACUGAUUGAGACGUUAUCGGCUGAUGUGGAGUUCUUAUCCAAGCAUAACCUGAUGGACUACAGCCUGCUGAUCGGUAUCCACGACUGUGAGCAAGGAGAGGAAGGCGAGGAAGAAGACAUUGACGAUCCGGAAGAUGAGAACGGUGUUGUGGAAGAUGAGUCAGACAGUGUUGGUAGUGCUGGGGGUAUCCCUACUCCACCAGACAGCCCCACAGCCUCUAAUCCUCCUCCUUUUACAGGAGAAAUUGACCCAAAAAUAGAAAUCUUUGGCAUCCCAAGUAAUGAGGGUGCACCAAGAAAGGUUGUGUACUUCAUGGCCCUCAUAGACAUCCUCACACAUUACGGCGUGAAAAAACGGACGGCGCAGGCAGCAAAGACUGUGAAACACGGCGCAGGGGCAGAGAUAUCGACAGUGAAACCAGAACAGUAUAUGAGGAGAUUCCUUGAAUUUGUCACCAAAAAUAUCCAAUAGUUGCUGGCACCACCUGUUGAGUGAUUGAGGAAUGAGGAUGAAUUUGACCGAUGUGUGUACAUGAUAGGAUCGGUGGGCAUUCAUGGAGGACAUCUAGUUGCCUGUUCAUCAUUGAGUGGCUGCCGUUUGCCCAGUGGACACCAUGAAUGAACCUGGUAGAAGUGACAGUCUUUCCUGUUUCUACUAGGGUCAGGUUCAGCCAGUUGUUAUGGUUGUUAUCUUGGGAGAUUCGUUGGUAUGCUCACUGUCAUAGCUCAACCAAGUCUUGCGUAAGUGGAACGUAUAAGAAAACUGUUUCGUUCCUGAUGUCCUCUUUCGACUGCAUGCCAGUCUUGAUGUGCACAGGUUGGUGAGUUGAUCAGUCAUUAUCAACAAUGGAAUAAAGAUUCGGUAUCUAUCUUGUAAACGUGUCGGACAGCUAUUGAAGCCCAUCCUUCCUGACGAAUACUCUUGGGUGGGAUGUCCUAUAGCCUUGGGAUUGAGGUUGGUCGAGCCAUCCGUAAACAUCCGGUCCUGAUGUGAUGCAUAAAGGUUGGCUGAUCCAUCCGUAAACAUCUGGUUAUGAUGUGAUGAGACAUGACGCCGUCUGCCGACACAGCCAUUUUAAUAUGUUCCAAGACCGCGAUUUUGUACCUAGACUAGGUUUGUAAGGUUUCUAUAUAAAGUCGAUCUUUAACGUCUUGAAGCUUUGUUUGGUUAGUCAGGUGUAAACGUGUUGAUUCAGCGUCUCAUCAUUCCUCAAGCAAUGAACAGGGACUGUAAACCUUAUCAGAAUCACUUGGCACAUUCACUCUCAUGUGCACGUCGUUUAAAACCAGAGGAUGGGAAUCGGUCAUCACGAGAUGGAGGAGAGGUGAGGUUGCUUUCAAGUUGACUUUGAUGUAUACAGCUGUGGUUGAUUGGUGUCAAAGUCAAGUUGUAAAACGUGAUGGAGGUUUGACAAUGUACAGAUGGUGUUAGGCCUCGGUGUUACAUUCAGCUGUAUACCUGGUCAUGAUUCAAGGUAUAACGAGUGGACAUCACAAGAAGCUUGGUGUUCAUUGGAGGUUUGACAAUGUACAGAUAGUGUUAGGCCUCGGUGUUGCAUUCAGCUGUAUACCUGGUCCAUGAUUCAAGGUAUAACGAGUGGACAUCACAAGAAUCUUGGUGUUCAUUGGAGGUUUGACAAUGUACAGAUGGUGUUAGGCCUCGGUGUUACAUUCAGCUGUAUACCUGGUCAUGAUUCAAGGUAUAACGAGUGGACAUCACAAGAAUCUUGGUGUUCAUUGGAGGUUUGACAAUGUACAGAUGGUGUUAGGCCUCGGUGUUACAUUCAGCUGUAUACCUGGUCCAUGAUUCAAGGUAUAACGAGUGGACAUCACAAGAAGCUUGGUGUUCAUUGCACGCUAAAAUAGCUUAGAUUAUUGUCCCUUUAAGGGCCGGUUGCACCAAAUGAGUUUGCAGCUGCUUCACGUUCAUUCACAGGCACUUGAUUCCUUUGCUUCCUUUAGUAAUGGCAUCAGUACCUGGUUUAACAAUUGGCCUUGCUCCAGUGCCUGUGCGAAUGUGUAACAGUUGUGAGUCCACUUGAUGUUCUCACUUGUACUCUGGUGAUUAAUGUAGUUGCUUGGCAAGUAAAACAGUAUCUGCUUCACGAGAUCCCUGGCGCUGCAAACAUGGACAACGAAAUGCUACCUGAUUGGGUAUCGGUACGGCAAGUCAACUGUGUUUGAAUUUGCUGUUUGGGAAGCAGUGAUUGACGUCUCGGGUGCUGGGGUGGUUGUGUGUAGAUGAAUGCUGGCUAGUCAGGUGGACAUUUGGGAGAGAUGUUUGACGGUUGAUCUCUGAACAGAGGCUUCCUGUUUAGUGGUCGUAUCUUGUUGCCAAGGUGUUGUAGCCAAGCCUGCUUGUAGUAAAUGGUGGCUCUUCUGCCCUAACCAUGGCAUUGCACAGUAGUAUAGGUGAGAAAGGUCCCUGCUUGCUAUGAAGUUGGUGUGUUGUAUCCUAUGUUUGACCAUUCUCACACUAUCUGCAUUCUUUCCCUUAAUUCCAUUUUCUUUACAAAUGCUACACCCUGGCUAUGUUCAGAAUGAGAGCUUCUCUCAAUCUAUAGUCUUGGGAGAAGUCUUUCACAUGAUUAAAGACAGAUAGUCUGUGUGUUACAGUCCAUGCUAGGUGUGUGUACUUACUUGUGUGCCCACUUCUUACUGUUGUGAGUGCAUUGGUUGGGGGGGGGGGCUCUUUCUGUACCAAUAGAACUGCCUUUACCAGUGUGGCAGCCUGUAUUGACCAGUUGUUGACAGGGUACUAUUGUGCUAAUAUCAGUGGCUGUUGUAGUUGAGGUUCAACCAUGCCGCAUGAAUACGCCAUCAAGCCUACUAGGGUUAUAUAUCUACCAGGCUGUUUUAUUCUGGUCAUAUUAUGGGAUGUUGUAUUAUUUUGUUUACUUAUCAUCGUACAACCUUAAUGAAACAUUUGAGUUGAUAAUCACUUUCAGUUUGGAUGGAUCUCCGUUUAAGGGUAUUGUGACUUCAUGUUUUCAGUGAAAUGAAUCGUUCUUGUAAUCAUGUUAUGCGAUGCCACAGUUUCAGCAGUGUCUGGUUGUACAUGUUUAUUUGGAGGGUGGAUGAAUGCAGCUGCCAAGGUGUUGUGGAGGUAGAGCGAGGUAAAUCAGGAUGAAGUAGAUUGAGUCAAAACAUUUGAUGGGAACAUCUUCCAGCUGAAACUCUGAACAUUAUGAGAGGCAAAACUUGGCUGUUGCUUUCCUUCUCGACCCCCUCUUCACCUACACUGAAGGGACUUACACAAGUCGUGUCAGCAAGACUUUAUUAGCAUUUAAAAUUGGGAACCG